AUGCCUUCGCCAGUCGCAAAAGGGAUAAUCAUAACCGUUGCAGCGCUCGUCGCUGCUGGUAUAGCGGUCUAUGAAUCGCCACAGUUCCAAGAAUGGGUGAACAAUUCUCGUCGUAAAAUUGCGCUGGCUUUACACAAUCUCGGAGAUGAAAUUCAACCUCGAGACUCCACAUCUUCUCCCAGGGAAGAUAUUUCUAUGAUGGAAGAGGUAGGGCCGGCGGCAGAAGAACGGAGAAGGAUUGCUCGCGAGGAGAUCCAGAAGAGAGCGGCUGCUCUCGAAGAACGUCGGAAGCGAUGCCAGGGUGGUUUGAUUGGAUCUUUCGACGCCCUUGUGGACGAAAAUGGAAACCUGUUGCGGCCGGACAGUCGGGAGCCGACUGACAGUACGCUUGCAAACUCGACCGCUGUGGACUUGCCGUCAUCGCAGCUUGUCCACCGUGGACCCAAAGAGCCUGAUGUGUCGGCUUCCGUGAGCGAGAUCAGGCCGGCCGGCACCAUGGCCGACAGUGAUACACUACAUUUAGAGAUUCCAUCUACUGGCAACCAUUCCGCGUCUCUUGUCGAUCUCACUCCUACUUCUGAUGAUACAGAUAUGGACUUUUUUGCCUCAACUGGUGACAAAACGGAAGAAGCCGAGCGGCCUGUGCAUUCUUCCGCAACGGAUCAAGAACGAAUGUCUACGUCGAGUCAUACUGAGGAAGGAUCUCAAACCAUCUAUGAGCACCCUGAAUCAUCACUUAUAGACAGCAAUCGCGAGCUCCGAUCGCCGUUCUCUGACCUGUCCGAACUGAAUACCACGGGUUUCGAGCAGCAAGAACGUUCAUCUACGCCGUCUACCGCGGAUAGUUUCAGCCACGUCUAUGAGUCGGCUGAGGACGCAACAUCAGAUGGCACUCUCAGUGACCUCGGAAGGUCCAUGGAUGGUGUUGCCACUCCAGCCAGUUGGUCGGAGGUUGGUAGUGUCGUUAGCAACGAAGACUUGGGUCACCACGGAUUUUGA